AUGGAAUCGCCCUCGUUGGCCGCCAGCGACUUGUCUAGGACGCCAAACCAAUCACAACCAGGAUUUGAACGACACUCCAACGCGAAUGUCUCGAAUACCACCGAGAUUCAGUAUGCGACGUCCCAUCUGCGUCGCGCGCACACGGUAGCACAAGGGAGGAAUAUGGGCGAGAAAACGAGCUUGGGCUUUAGAACGGCGAAGGAAAGAGUGGCCACUUCGUUCCUACGGGUCAAGGACAGCCAUGAGUUACUUCGGAAGCGGUCUUCUAAGCGCCUCGAUGCUUUCCCUCCCCUGCGUGAUACACUUGCAGGAGCGCGCGAAGCAAACCACUUCACGGUGGGCAAUGUUGGACAGAACGGCAAGAUAUUUCUCAGGCCGAUUCGAAAUGCGUCGCGCCAGGAAUCUUGUCCUCCACCUUUGGCCCCGGUCAACCAAUCCGGAGAGGAAUACCUUCACCCCUAUGCACACCGCAGCCACGCUGAGAACGAUCCUUCGCGAUGGUCGAAUUCCCAACUGUCCGAGCUACGCCCAGAGCUUAUACCGGAAGAAAGUUGCGAUGACGGCGAAUCGGUCCAUACAGAGUCGUCGCGCUCGGGAUAUCAUCGCUCGCGGCCUCGGCCCCGUCAGAGAGCACACUCCUUCUCAACUAUUUCAGAGCAGCGAUCCGCCUCGCGGGUAGGGCAAUACGGGGACUUUCAUCUUUUCGUUGACCGGCCAGAUGACCGGCCCAAGUCUGCAGAUGGAUCGUUACGCCCGACCCUGGAGAUCCCGAUCCCCCGGUAUCGCAUGGAUAUGCCGCGACUGAAUGUUGGGAUCACGCCGUUGCAAAGCUCAAUUUACUCGCGAACGUCCACGUCGGACAAUUUUCGGGCCUCACGGUUCCUGAGACACAACUGGGACGCUGCGCCGAUGCUGGAUGUGUACUCUGAUCCAGCCCGGCCUUCUUUUGCCGCGUCGAUGUUCUCUGGCGCAGCUGCCAUCGAGCUUACUCAACGGUCCUCCACGACGGGGAAUCCGGUAUUCUACGAUCUCAAGGAGCCCAUCGAGCCGACUAUCUUUGAAACCUUGGUGGCCGAGAUGGAUGAUGAAUCGGUUGUGCGCUAUGUGCCAGGCAGUAAGGACAUCAGUGCGGCGACGCCGGCGCGCAUCGUUGCGCAAAUAUCGUCCGAAUCCUUCAUGGACUAUGAACUCGUAUCGGAUUUCUUCCUCACUUUUCGCUCCUACCUCUCUACCGGCAGCCUUCUUGCUCUCUUACUGGCGCGACUGCAGUGGGCCAUCAAUCGUCUACAAGAUGACGGGCGGAUUAUUCGCAUUCGCACGUUUGCAGCCCUCCGGCACUGGAUCUUAAAUUACUUUGUUGAUGAUUUUAUCCCUGACUACGACCUCCGUGUCCGUUUCUGCGACACUAUCAACACCCUGUACGAUAACGUUAAGGCCCGACAUGGGGGCGGCAUGAGCGAUCUGAAGAUUCUCAUCGAUCUGAAGCGCUGCUGGUAUGGCAAAUGCUCCGCUUAUUGGGAUUUCUCCGAUCAACAUAUUGCCUAUCAAAGCCCGGACCACAUCAUCGAGCCUGGUGGUGAUAACCAAUCCGAUCUCAGUAAUCCUGACGAGAAUCAAUUGAGCAUUGUCCGAACCACCAGCAGCCAGGUGGGCGAGACUCGCGACGGCGAAAAACGUCCUCAUAUAACCCACCAUGACCGCACAAAUUCUGCAACCACGGCAAAGAGUAUGCCGGUAUCAUCAGAAAGUGACCCGAGCGUUCAGCCAACCUCUUGCUCGCUACGUCCCAAAUCCCCAAAACGCCUUUCCAUGUCCUAUGCCGAAACCAAGGGUCCUCAUCCGGUGCCUCUGAUUCCUACGCACCAACUGUGUCCUUCCCUCGAUGCGCCGGCCUUGUCACCGGUCAUUUCUCGACGAUUCCCCUUCCAUACUCAUGCCCACAAACGCAGUGGUAGCUUUUCUGACUCGGUCCGGGACGGCCGAGCGCCCCUCCCACUCCUGAAGAUCGACAACCAGGGGACUUUUCCAACCCAGGCAGCAUUGAAUCUUGGAGGCCUCAUCCGGGGCGAACUAUUCGCCCCGGCAGAGUCGUAUAUGACAAUGCUGGCACCACCAUCACCCCCGUUACCUUCUCCCACCGGGAUGCCCGGGCUGGGCCAACGAAGUAAUUCUGACAUGGCCUCUAAACCACCAUCGUCGAGUUCAGGCGUCAAAACAAUCAUUGGCUCCAUACGUCGAGCGCUCAACAGCAGACAUGGGGGCCAUAGUGUCUCUUCGCGCCACCCUGGCGGACACUUCGGUCCAUCAUCGCGACCGAAAACAUCUGCUCUGCCUACCAACGUUGCGUUUGGGUCGGAUGCUUAUCGGGAUAGAAAGGCGACGGCUGCUGCUAAGAAGCCGGUCAGAAUUGACGUUCUCUGUGACAUGUCUUUCCGCUUAUAUCAUAAUGCUGCCUCCGGCUCGCCCCAGCCUAGAGAGGGUGAAUCAUUCCAGAUAGGUGCUGCGCCGCAAGGGAAACACAGUCACCGGGGAUCUAACCAGUCAACGACCUCCAAUCUUCACAAUACCGCGCUCGACCGGAUCCGAACGAAAAGUCAGUUUACCGCAGGGAGUCAAUCGAUCGUCAUUGUGGAUGACACUGGUAUGGGGAAUCAUAUGAUGUCCGGUGCAAUCCCGGACUCCUCUAUGGGACUGGAGCAUUCCCCUCGAUUCCUCGACGCCGAAAGUUCUCUCCUAACGCCCCGAGCCUCCUCGUUUCGCUCUGUGAGUCAAAGAUCGACUGUGGCGGCAGACGAAUAUUCACUGCCCAUCUUCUACGAUGACGGGGAAUCGAACUCGGUGCGUCGAAGCUCGCAAUUCCUGCGCCCGCCCAGGCUUUCCGCUAUACGGCGAUCGACCUCUGUGGAGCGUGGGUCGGGGUCCUGGAAGGGAACGUCACCGUCGCUUCGUCUUCGAAAAUAUGCCUCUUUCCAAAGCGGGAUCUCGAAGCAUUUUGGGAUCGCAGGCAAAGAGAGGGAUGUUGACCGACAGUCCCAGGAGAACAUUGAAAGAAAUGCCGGCCCGAUGCUUCGCAGGAGACCGGGAGGUGAUCUGCGUCAAAUGCGCAACGGCCCUGGGUUUCCAAAACGCACAAGUUCGGGGUCAUAUGUAUAUGACACCACUGACGGUAGUUCUAUUGCGGAGAGUACGGCCACUCGUUCCAGGGAUAAUGCAUCCAGGCCCCAGACUAGCCUUGUACCGCCUAAUCCGCGACUAUCGCUGAUCCAGAACCAUUCAUCGAAGAACAUGCGGGGCUCGUUUGAGGCGGCGAUUGCACGCUUUGCUCAGAUUCCUGAUGAUGACGAUGGGGGAAUCGAGUCCACACUGCUGAAGCUCGAAGGCAAGUGGGAUGUCCCCGAGACGCCCACCGGUCCGUCCCACGAACAGGCUGCUCACACGCCUGGCAGCGCCCGUGAGCGAGAACUGUUCUACCAAGGUCAUCAUCAGAGACACCAAAGCGCUGCUGGGGAUCACCUGACCUACUCGCAAGUCCGCAGUCGACUGAUGCCGCGAAGACCUUAUUCCGACUCCAUCGCCGAAUCUGAAGAUUCGUUCAGCUCCAUCCCGCUUCUUGAGCGAGGGCUUAGUGAUGAGUCAAUGAAACCCCCCGGGAUGCACCGCACGACGUCUCACCCCGUUGUGGCCCCUCGACUGCACCUGAGUGACGCCUCUCAACGGGACGUUUCCGACGUCGAAUCAUCGCAUCCGUCCAUUGAUAUCGUGAAGGAAACGGAGAGCAUCAAGCGCAUUCCCCACGGAUCGACGCUUCCAGUGGCCGUUCCCAGGCCCUUGAGAACCCGCUCGGCCCGGCGUUCAGGCCUCUCGUCCGAAAUUUCGAUGGACCUCAUUGAAUCCCAGGAAGCGAUGGAGCAGCAUCGUUUAUCUGUCGAUACAAGGAGCCUGGGCAGAUCGUCUCUGGGAAUCCCACCUCAUCCUCUGGCGCACCCACCUUCUCCCCCUAUGACCAUACAACACCCUCGAUCCGUGGAAUCCUGCGCAACGCCCCUCAACCCGGUCCUCUACCAGUCGCAGCCCUUGACGCCAGACCCAUCGCCGAGGAAUAGAAAUGCCGAACAGGCUUACGCACGUACCAUCGCAAUGCAGCAAGCUUCGGGCGACAUCCUUUCCCGAUCCGAAAAGGAUCGCCGGCGUCAAGAACCCCAGAAAGUCCCUUCGGGGCCCGACCAUGUGCCCUUCGUGCUGUCUUGCGAAUCCCAGAUUCUUGCCCAGCAGCUGACCUUGCUGGAGAUGGCUGCCCUUAGCGAAGUGGACUGGAAGGAUCUGGUUGACAUGAAAUGGAGCACCGGCUCCCCUGCCACCGUCAGCUGGGUGCAAUUCCUUCUAGAAGAGGAGCGUCGCGGCAUCGACAUGGUGGUGGGACGGUUUAAUCUCAUGGUGAAAUGGGCUCUGUCCGAGGUCAUCCUCACGCGCGACAUCCACGAGCGCGCUCGCACCAUAAUCAAGUUCAUCCACACGGCUGCACAUGCCCGCCGCAUGUGUAACUAUGCGACCAUGCUCCAGAUCGCCAUUGCCUUGUCGUCAACCGACUGCUCCCGACUCCAGAGCACGUGGGCCUGCGUUCCACCCGGAGACCGCCGGCUCCUGAAGGACAUGGAAUUGCUCAUUCAGCCGGUUCGCAAUUUCCACGACCUUCGCGUGGAGAUGGAGACUGCGAAUGCCCAGGAGGGCUGCAUUCCGUUUGUUGGUCUGUAUGUCCAUGAUCUUACCUACAAUGCACAGAAGCCCGCCCAAGUGGCGGCGCGGGACGGGGAGCCGCUGAUCAACUUCGAGCGGUAUCGCACGACAGCCAAGAUCGUGAAGAACCUGUUGCGAUUGAUUGAUGCGAGCACGAAAUAUAAAUUCGAGCCAGUACAGGGCAUCAUUGAGCGGUGUCUUUGGAUCGCCUCACUUUCGGAAGAAGAGAUUCAAACCCGCAGCAAACAACUUGCCUAG